CGCCGCCACCCAUUCCCGUCUCCCCUUCUCUACGUAUCGCCAUACCCUCCAUCUCUCCAUCCUUUCUCACAUCUCCGAUCGCACAACCAUCAUCUGCCGCACACUCUUCCCCUCCUACCGUGCCGCUGUUCUGCUCUUAUCACCAUCAUCUCGUCUCCAACCCCUUUCUUUUCUGUCCUCAACACCGAUCCACCAUACACUCCGCUGUUCAGCCACCCUUCACCGCCGACGGAAUCUGAAAAGAAAAAAAGAGAGAAAAAUCAGUGGAAAAAUUAGCCGAGAAACCAACUAUCAAAGGGAUUCUUGACUGUGAGAGGAGUUGAGAUCCUCUGCAAAUUAGCUGCCCAAGUAGGUGGAAUUCAAAAGACCAGAGCAGAGAAGAGGAGAAGCCACAGCUGAAAAUCUCAGCUAUUGGAAUCACUUGUUGCUCCAGUCACCUGAGCUGGAACGUCAUUUUUGGAUCAUGUUUUGAGGUGAUUUGUUCCACCUUAUAAUUUCAGCAAGCGGUGAAGACUUGUUUUCGCAUUUUCACACUUAGUUUUCAAUACUUUUGAAUUUUAAGUGGUCAUCAACACAAUUUAAGCAAAAAGAUGGCAAUGAAAGGAGGGAGAAAAAACCUUAAGAGGGCGGCCCAGGAGCAGAACUUGACCCUUGGAGAUGGGCAAAGCAUUAUGCAGGUGGUGUCACUAAGGGGAUCCAAUCUUAUUGAGGUGAUGGAUGCUCAGAGGGAGAAAUCACUGGCAUUGUUUCCAGCUAAGUUUCAAAAGAGCAUGUGGAUAAAAAGAGGGAGUUUUGUUGUGGUUGAUGAAAGUGGCAAAGAAAAAGUCCUUGAGUCAGGGAGCAAGGUGGCAUGUAUUGUUUCUCAAGUUCUGUUCCAUGAACAAGUUCGUCUUCUACGGAAAUCUCCAGAAUGGCCAGAAGCUUUUAAAUUAUCAGACCGGGAAGGAAAUGCGCAGAAACACACAAGGGAGGCAGAGGCAGAGGCAGAGGCAGAGGCAGAAAAGAUUGAUUCCAGUGAUGAUGAUGGACUUCCCCCCUUGGAAGCCAAUCCCAACAGAGUGAGGCCAGCUGAGUUGCAAUCAGAUUCGGGAUCUGAUACGGAUUCCUGUUAGACAAACUUCAUUAUUUAAUUGGAAUUAAACUUAUGUCCAAAACAAAACAAUCAUCUUUAAUUUACUUCACUUGUAGUAAUUUCUGCUACACUACACUAGAUGCUUUUUUUUUUUCGAAAAAGAACUUAUUUCUUUUUACUUUUUUUUUUUGCAGUAAUAAUUUCAUUAAUCAUUA